AUGUCUGCAGCUGGUACGCCUCACCCCGCCAUGGCGGAUCUCCAGCUCCAACUCGAGCAGCUGCUUCUGGCCUCGCUGGACCCUGCCCAAGUGAAGCCGGCAAGCGAACAGCUGCGGACCUUGCUUCAGCAGGAACAGGUUGAACAGCGCCGAUUGGCGUAUCUUCUUCUCGCGAAACAAAUCGUCGAUGGCCGGCAAGAGGAAGUGCGUCAGCUGUCCGCGGUGCUCCUCCGGCGGAAAAUCUCCAAGGCCAUGGCUGUCUUCGAUGAAAACCAACAGAAGGAGUUUAUUACCUCUUUGGUUGCGCGUUUCUCGCAAGAGCCGUCUGCAUCUGUACGUCGCGCAGUCGUGCACCUGCUGGCUUCGAUUCUUCGCCUGGCAACUCUGCAAGAAGCGAAGCGCCGCGAAUUGUUUUCUGCUCUCUCGCACAUGGCCAUGCAAAAUCCGUCGCCGGGAACAGAUCCGCAGCAGCUCCAGCAGCAAGUCGCGGCUGUCUCGACCUUCGUCGCCGUUGCUGAGGCCUGCCCCGAUGAGCUCGUUGAUUACUUCGAUGAGUUCCUUACGGUCUUCCGACACGCCUUCACCUGCGCUGCUGCUGGAAACGAACUCGGCACAUCCGCGUUGAAGGGUCUCCGCUCUCUGGCGGAAUUCGCUGAAGAGCCGGACCAGCAGAAAAAGGUCUGCGCUCUGGUGCCGAAUGUGAUGCAAAUCAUUGCGGCGGCAGUCCAGGCCAACGAAGAGGAUGUUGCCACGACUGGAAUUCAACUCAUCGACGACCUUCUGAGCAACGACAACAUGGCGAUGAAGGACGGAGAACUUCUGACGGUUCUCGACUUUCUUCUCAAGACGGUGGCGAGUCGCAGCGACGUCGACGCGGGUCUCCGCCAGCAGGCGCUUUCCUGCAUUCAGUGGGCGGCGAAGCAAAAACCGAGAGUUCUCUGCAAGAGUCCGACAGUCGUUCCGGCAAUUCUGGACGUGCUCGUCGCCAUGGGCGCAGAGCCUGACGUUCAGGGAGGAGGCCCCGAAGACUUUGAAGAGGACGAGUUGACGCCUCACCGGAUUGCAGCGCAGUGCGUAGAUGCGUUGGCAAUUUCUCUGCCCUCAAAGUACGUCUUCCAGCCGAUGCUCGACCGCCUCACGCCUUUCACCCAGUCCACGGACAUCCUGAAGAAGCGCGCUGCUCUCGUGCUUCUCGGCAUCAUGAGCGAAGGCUGCGAAGGCGUCAUGCGCAGGAAAAUGAAGUUCUUUCUCCCCUUCGUCCUCGAGUCUCUCAGAGACCAGCAACCCGUAAUCGCGGCGUCUGCAUGCAUCUGUUUCGGCCAAUUCGCAGAGUAUCUCCAACCUGAAAUCAUGCUGUUCCAGCGAGAAGCUCUGGAACUCCUUCUUCUUCUGCUGGAUAACCCAAGCGCUCUCGUCCAGCAGAAGGCAUGCUACGCCUUGGGCGUUCUCUUCGAGAACAUGGAGGCACAGGACCUCGAGCCUGUUGCCAGCGAGGUCGUGCAGCGUCUCGUCCGAACGCUUCAUCAUACGUCGUGCGACAAAGUCCGGGAAGUGUGCAUUUCGGCCAUUGGCUCGGCAGCGGCCGCGAGCGGGAACGGAGAAGAAGCUCCCUCGAAUCGACCACGGGCGUUCGACGCCUUUGCGCCAGAGCUCUUUUCCUUGAUUGGUCAGAUCAUCAAAAUGCCGACGGGAGACGUGGAGGGACAGAACGCCGGCCAGGCUGUCUGCUCUCCAACGACGAAGGCGAGAGCGAUCGGCGUCGUGGGGGGACUCGUUCAGGGCACCAGCGAGGCGGCCUACGCCCAGGAGCUUCCGGGCCUCAUGCGCCUCAUCAUGGAGCAAAUGAUCAUCGACACCUCCAAGGACGACGACACUGGAUAUGCACACGACAUCCGAGACGAAGCAUUCUCCUGCUUCAGCGACGUCUGCAUUGCCAUGAAAGACAAAUUCGUCGUCUUUCUAGAAGAAGUCAUGGUCCGCGUGUUUGCCUCGCUGUUUAGCGACGAAGGGUUGCUGCACGAGGAAGAGGGGAGGGGGCGGCAGGGGGCAGCCGCUCAGCUCCUGGACGAAUUGGACGACGAAGAAGACGAGGCAGGAGACGAGAGACUGCGAAAUAUCCGCAUCCGCGACGGCUUCCUUGACGAGCUCGAGUCUGCCGCUCUUUGUCUCAAGACGCUGUGGGAGAACUGUGGAGGCCACUGCAUGAAAUUCAUCGCGAAGACAAAGGAAGCCAUUGAACUCCUUCAGGGGCAUUUCCACGAAGCAGCUCGACAGCAGUGCUGCUACUUGAUCAAGGCGGUGGUCGCCGCGGCACACGGCACCUUCAUCGGCGCUCCCGUGAAAAAGGAGACCCCGAAAUUCGCUCUGAACCCCAACGUGCACACCCUCUGGAGUGAGCAGCUCUGGCCGUUCCUCCGCAGACUCAUGGAAGAGGAUGAAGACAAGGAGACCGUGGGAGACGCAUGCGUUGCUUUGGGCACCCUCGCUGAGGAAGUGGGUCCUGCGAUCUUCUUCUCCCGGGAGAUGAACGAAGAGGUCGCCAAGCAGCUGUUGCUUCUUCUCAAGAAGAAGCAUCCCUGCCAGGUGAUCCAGGACAUCGAUGAGGACGACGAUUCACGUCAGGAAGAAGAGUACCUCUUUGAAGGCAUUUCGGUCCUGAUCUGUGGGAUGGCCUACGCGGCAUCUGCAGGCACGCGUCAGGCCCUGCAGGACACGGCGGCUUCCGGCAGCCUCGCCGCCGUCUGCAACCGUCAAACCUUUGCCGCGCUUUAUCAGAAGAUUCAUCCUCACCUUCUAGACCUCGCGACUCAUCGCCAAUCUUCUGCCUACGCCGCCAGUGGCCUCGGAUGUCUUGCAGAGGUUUUCUUGGCGAUGCAAGAAGACUCAGCUGCGUACGCCGCUGACGCUAAGUUCCUCCAAGCCGUCCUAAAGGGUGUGCAACAGGACGAAAACGAAGAUUACCGCCGAAACGCCUGCUUCUGCCUCGGCGUUGUCUACGAGGUCGCCUCUGCGCAGCCUGCCGUCAACGCAAAGACUGCGGAGUUCCUGGCCGCUCUGCAUUCGAUCUUCCGCAGUCGGGAGGACUUGAACAAGUCGGAGCAAUUGACUCUGGACAACGCCGCCGCUGCCGUUGCGCGUAUCAUCCUCCACCCGCCUGCGACGGCGCUUCCUCUCGAGCACCUCGUGCCUGCUCUCCUCGUGUCCAUGCCUCUGCAAGAGGACCACGAAGAGUCUGAAGUUAUGCUGCAGGCGGCUCUCAAACUCGCUGAUGAUGCCGCGACUCAGCCUCUCGUCGUUCAGCACAUCCAGAAAUUCCUGGUGGGAGUGAUUCUCGAGACCGCUCAUCCACUGACGGCGAAGCGCGUGAAACCGGAGGUGCAAGAGAAAGUGAUUGUCAUGCUUCGGCAGCUGCUGACGAAUCCGUCACUGCCGCCGUCAACCCUCCAGGGAGUGAAGGAGGCUGUGGCGUCCAAGCCGUUUGCUCUCGAGUUCAUCAACAGCAAAUUCUAG